UUUUUUUUACCCAAACCCACAAACUCAAGUCUGGUUUGGAAGAGCAGUGAGUGGGGGGAAAGAGAAGGUGGGACGGGGACGGGAUCACCAACCGGACGAGCAGAAGGCACCGGAGACGGCUGGCCAGGCACGGGGAGUGAAGCGGGGAGCAGCCACGGCGACCUAACGCCACCGUACGAAAGUAGUUCCCGAGUGGGCUGAGCCCCGGAGCAGGGAACGACGUGGAUUCCUCACCCGGAACAACACCGGACCACUGACCACUUCUGGAAACUCUAUUUUUAAAGUAUUUUUUUUCAAAGAAAGGAAACACAUUUGGAAAGUAUUUGGAAGAAGCGCGCGCUGUUUAUGGAUUUAAUGGACUAACCAGGCACCAUCUCUAGAUACAAAAGACAUGUAAACAGGAACUAGACGGGUGUUGCUUGGUGCAUGACAGGAGACGAGGAUCGGAAGAAAGUACAGGGGCAUGCUAGAACUUGCUGGUGUCUUGAACAAGAAAAGAGCUUUCUUAGUUGGUAACCAGUUCCAUGCUAAUAAUGUGGAAGCUUCAGAUUCUUAAAUGUCACCAGGAAAGGCACGGCUGUUUACACCCUUGGCAGAAAAGGAGCUGUGAGAUAACUGGCAACCUGUUUAAGGGAUUCAUUUCUGAGAAACACUGCUUCCAAGGCAAGUGAGCGAUGCCUUUCAGGCUGAAGCUGAGGAGGACCAGGCGUUACAAUGUCCUGAGCAAGAAUUGCUUUGUAACACGCAUUCGACUGCUGGACAGCAGUGUCAUAGAGUGCACGUUGUCUGUGGAGAGCACAGGUCAGGAAUGCCUGGAGGCCGUGGCUCAGCGACUGGAAUUGCGUGAGACUCAUUAUUUCGGACUUUGGUUCCUCAGUAAGACUCAGCAGGGACGAUGGGUGGAGUUAGAAAAAGCUCUGAAAAAGCAACUGGACAAAUUUGCCAAUGAACCUCUCCUCUUCUUCGGAGUGAUGUUCUACGUACCCAGUGUGUCAAGACUACAGCAAGAGGUCACAAGGUAUCAGUAUUACCUUCAAGUAAAGAAAGAUGUACUUGAUGGAAGACUUCCCUGUACGUUGGAGCAAGGCAUCAGGCUAGCUGGUUUAGCUGUGCAAGCUGAUUUUGGAGAUUAUGGGCAGUAUGAGUCUCAGGAUUUCCUCAGGGAAUAUGUCUUGUUCCCAAUGGACUGGACUCAGGAUGAACGGAUGUUGGAGGAAAUGACGAGGAAGGUAGCAAUGCAACACCAGGCCUACAGUGGGAUGCCACCUGCAGAGGCAGAGUUGCUAUAUAUCAAGGAGGUGGAACAACUUGAAGGCUUUGGGCAAGAAAGUUUUCCGGCCAAGGACAGCAUUGGAAAUGAUGCUUUUAUUGGCAUUUCCUUUAUGGGAAUAUUUGUAAAGCACAGGAAUGGACGUCCAACUACAACAUAUAGGUGGAAUGAGGUUGGAAAUAUUACACACAAUAAGUCUUCAAUUAAUGUAGAAUUAACAAGCAAAGAAGAAACUGUUUUGUUUCACACAGAUGACAUUGAAAUGGCAAAAUACAUCUCACGGUUGUUCACAGCAAGGCACAAAUUUUACAAACAGAACAAAAUUUGCACAGAACAAACACAGUCAUGUUCCCCAACGCCUGUACGGAGACCACCUACAUGGAGCAGAUCAUCUUUGUCAAGGCAACAGCCUUUUAUACUGCCACCUAUGCACGUCCAAUAUGGAGAUUAUCCUGAAACAAACACCUCACAAGAUAGUAUUUACCAUGGCAAUGAGGAAGGGUUCUACUGCAGGUCUCAGAGUAGCUUGGACAGGUGUCCAAUGGAAUACAAUUACAUGAAUGGAACUGUGCCAAAUGGCAGUGUGUAUAGCGCGCCUAGUAUGAACUCAUUAAAUCAUUCACAAAACUUCAUCCAGGCAUCUCCCGUAUCCUCCAAUCUCAGCAUUCCUGGAAGUGACAUCAUGCGUGCAGAUUACAUACCCAGCCACAGGCACAGUGCUAUCAUUGUGCCUUCAUAUAGGCCCACACCUGACUACGAGACUGUAAUGAGGCAAAUGAAACGUGGCGUCAUUCAUAUGGAUUGUCAAAGCCAAUCACUGAGGAACCUUAAUAUUGGAAACACUCAUGCGUACAACCAGCCAGAAGCUAUGGUUUACAGUCAACCAGAGAUCAGAGACCAGUACCCCACUCGCUAUGGGUCAAAGCACAGUUACAAAAAACCUGUGCCCACAACUGCCCAACCAAAUGCCAACCAACCUGCGCCCAGCAGGACUGCAAACAGUGCAAUCUCCCACACAGUAAGCACCCCCGAACUUGCCAAUAUGCAGUUACAGAAUACUCAGAAUUCCAGUACCACCCACAUGUUGAGAAACCAUUUCUGCAGACCACCCCCUCCGUACCCCCGUCCUCGGCCUGCCACCAGUACACCAGACCUUGCCAGUCACCGCCAUAAGUAUGUGAGUGGCAGCAGUCCGGAUUUGGUCAGUCGGCGAGUCCAACUCUUUGUCAAGACGUUCCAAGAGGAUAGUUCGCCAGUGGUUCACCAGUCCCUGCAGGAAGUCAGCGAGCCCCUCACAACGGCCAAGCAUCAUGCAGCCGUUAACAAGCGCCACAGUCUGGAGGUGAUCAGCAGCAUGGUACGUGGUAUGGAGGCCAUGGCACUGAAGACUUUAAGUGCUUCUGCCCCUCAGCGGAGGAACACCAUGCGUGAUCAACGUCGCCAUGAGGGUCAGGUGCAGGAGGUUCCACAGCAGCCUCCAUACCAUCACAAAAAGACGCUGUCAGAUGCCACCAUGCUCAUUCACAGCAGUGAGAGUGAAGAUGAAGAAGACACUCCUGAUUACGAUGUUCAGAUUCCGGCAUUUAAUGACACAAUGGGCUACAGAGCACAGCUGCAGGCAGCGUUGGCGAAAAUACCAAACAAGCCCCCUCCUGAAUAUCCAGGAAACAAAAAGAGUGUAAGCAAUGGUGCCUUGAGGCACCAAGAAGAUAAAAGUGCAGAACGCAUUGUCAGGACCAAAUUGCCCGGUCCUGAACUUGAUACUUUCACAAGAAAUGAACAGUUGAUGCUCAAUGGGUCGUCACUUGGGCCGUCUAUUUCAGAGCCUGACCUGACUAGCGUGAAAGAGCGUGUCAAAAAGGAACCUGUCAAAGAAAGACCCGUGUCUGAACUUUUUUCUACUGAAGACAGUAUUGUGGAAAGGGAAAUCAUGUUGAGGAAUUUAGAAAAGCAGAAAUUGGCAGCAGCAGAAGCUCAGAAGAUAGGACCACUCAAGUGGGCUGCCCUGAAUGGCCUGUCGAUGGCCAGAGUUCCAGUGCUCGAGGACAGCCAAGAUGACACUUCAAGGGUUCUGAUGGAUGAAAGGUGUAAGAUGCUUGAAAGAAAGCUGGAGGAAGAUAUGGUGUUUACAGAGUAUGAGCAAAUCCCAAAGAAAAUGGUAGAUGGUGUUUUCACCACAGCAACUCUUCCAGAAAACAUAGAACGGAAUCGUUUCAGGGAUGUUGUUCCAUAUGAGGAGAACAGGGUGGAACUUGUGCCAACCAAAGAAAACAACACUGGCUAUGUAAAUGCCUCUCAUAUAAAGGUUACUGUGGCUGGAGAAGACUGGCAUUACAUUGCUACACAGGGACCCCUGCCUCAUACAUGCCAUGACUUCUGGCAAAUGGUGUGGGAGCAAGGAGUGAAUGUUAUUGUCAUGGUUACAGCAGAAGAGGAGGGAGGAAAACCAAAGACCCAUCGAUACUGGCCCAAACUGGGCUCAAAACACAGCUCAGCAACUUAUGGAAAAUUUAAGGUGACAACAAAAUUCCGCACAGAUUCUGGUUGCUAUGCAACUACGGGUUUAAAAGUCAAGCACCUGUUGUCUGGGCAGGAGAGGACCGUGUGGCAUUUGCAGUACACAGACUGGCCAGAUCAUGGCUGUCCAGAAGAUGUUCAGGGUUUCUUGUCUUACCUGGAAGAAAUUCAGUCAGUUCGGCGACACACCAACAGCAUGUUGGACUCAAACAGGAGCUGUAAUCCACCAAUAGUUGUGCACUGCAGUGCAGGAGCUGGAAGAACAGGGGUGGUGAUUCUAACAGAAAUUAUGGUUGGUUGCUUGGAGCAUAAUGAGAAGCUGGAAGUGCCAGUUAUGCUGGGAUUUCUCCGUCAACAGCGGAUGUUAAUGGUACAGACUAUAGCCCAAUACAGGUUUGUCUACCAGGUCCUCAUACAGUUCCUGAAGAACUCUCGACUGAUUUAGCUACAAAUUUAUAUUUUGUAU